AGUUUAGUUUAGUUUACGGCUUUCCCUUAAAUGUUUUCUUAAAAAAAAUAAUUGGCAGACAUUGUCUCUUUCGUUGUCUGAUAUGAUAACAUUUAAAACACUAAAAAUGCUUUUUAAAGACCAUAACGAGGUUUAUGUCCAUAAAAAGUCGUUACAUUAGCAUAAUCUCGCGAUAUGUAACCUAACGUAGGCACGUGCUGCCGCGAGAGCUCGAUUUCGCGCGCUGAGCCGAAAGCUCCGGUCAGAGAAGUGAUUGACGGGUGUGUAAGCCAAUCUGUGAGUGGAUUUCAGCCCACAGGAACCAAUAGAAACGCGACAUCGCCUGCCGCAGGAGGGGAAAACACGUUGUUGAACGAAUUUUUUUUAUUGAAUCGCUGUACGAGGUUUUAUGUAGUGCAGGUUUAAGAGUCAAAAGAGUUUUUGUAUUUCAGUCUGACGCUUGUUUGCUGAAUUAUAACCUGUUGCUUUCUUGUUUUCGAGAGGACGUAAAGACAGAGGGCUGCUGCAAUGUGGAUCCAGGUGCGCACUAUGGACGGUAAAGAGACCCACAGGGUCGACUCCCUGUCCAAACUCACUAAAGUGGAUGAGCUGAGGCUGCGAAUCAUGGAGCUCUUCAACGUUGAGCCUGAGAGACAGAGGCUCUUCUACAGAGGCAAACAGAUGGAGGAUGGCCACACUAUUUUCGACUACAAUGUGGGCCUGAAUGACAUUGUUCAGCUACUCGUGAGACAGGCGCUUCCUGCAGUCUCUUUGCCCAAAGACAAGGAGGCCGAGCUGUCAGACUCUGACUCGGGCUGCGGUUCAGGUCAGAGCGAGUCGGAUAAGAGCUCCACUCACGGAGAGUGUGAGGGUCAGAGCGCUGGAACCUCAGCCCAGAGUGACCUCAUCGACCCGGGCUUUGGCCUCUAUAAGAUAAAUGAGUUUGUAGACGCCAGAGACCUGAAUAUGGGAGCUUGGUUUGAGGCUCAGAUCUUAAACGUGACAAAAACUCCCAAACCCGCAGAAGGUGAAGGCAUGGAAACGGAUGGAGAGGACGAGAUCCGCUACCACAUCAAAUACGAAGAUUACCCGGAGAACGGAGUGGUGCAGCUCCAGGGGAAGGAUGUGCGCCCACGCGCCCGCACCAUCUACCAGUGGCACCAGCUGGAGGAGGGCAUGGUGGUCAUGGUGAACUACAACCCUGACGAGCCCAAAGAGCGUGGUUACUGGUACGAUGCUCAGAUCCAGAGGAAGAGGGAGACACGCACCCAGAGAGAGAUUUUUGGCAAAAUACUGCUUGGGGAUGCUGGUGACUCUCUGAAUGACUGCCGGAUCUUGUUUGUGAAUGAAAUCUACAAAAUCGAAGAGGCUGGAAGCUCUGAGGGUCCCGCAGCCGCUUCUGACAGCCCCCUGAAGAGAUCCAACGGGCCAGAGUGUAAACACUGUAAGGAUGACCCCAAGAAAAACUGCCGCUGGUGUAACUGCCGUGUGUGUGGGGUGAAGCAGGACCCGGACAAACAGCUGCUGUGCGAUGAGUGUGACAUGGCCUUCCACACAUACUGCCUCAACCCACCUCUCACCACCAUCCCAACUGAUGAGGACUGGUACUGCCCCGAGUGUCGGAAUGACGCGAGUGAGGUUGUCCUGGCUGGAGAGAAGCUGAAGGAAAGCAAGAAGAAAGCAAAGAUGGCGUCUGCCAGCUCGUCCAGCCAGAGAGAUUGGGGCAAAGGUAUGGCGUGUGUGGGCCGCACCAAACAGUGUACCAUCGUUCCCUCCAACCAUUACGGGCCUGUGCCAGGAGUCCCUGUGGGUACCCUCUGGAAGUUUAGAGUGCAGGUGAGUGAGUCUGGAGUCCACAGGCCUCACGUUGCAGGGAUCCAUGGCCGAAGCAACGACGGUGCUUAUUCUCUCGUGCUGGCUGGAGGCUAUGAGGACGACGUGGAUGAUGGUAACGAGUUUACAUACACGGGCUCCGGUGGUCGGGAUCUCUCUGGUAACAAGCGAACUGCCGAACAAUCCUGCGAUCAGAAACUCACCAAUAUGAACAGGGCGCUGGCUUUGAACUGCAACGCGCCGGUGAACGAGAAGGAUGGCGCCGAGGCAAAGGACUGGAAGGCGGGGAAGCCUGUGAGGGUGGUGCGCAGUUCUAAAGGCCGCAAGCACAGCAAAUACUGCCCAGAAGAUGGGAACAGAUAUGAUGGCAUUUACAAGGUGGUGAAGUACUGGCCAGAGAAGGGCAAGUCAGGAUUCCUAGUGUGGAGAUACCUGCUCAAAAGGAAUGACGAUGAACCUGCCCCGUGGACCCGGGAUGGCAAAGAACGCAUUAAAAAGCUUGGCCUCACCAUGCAGUAUCCUGAAGGUUAUCUGGAAGCAGUGGCAGCAAAGGAGAAGGAAAAGGAGAAUAAGAACGAGGACGAGGUGGCUGAAACGCCUACCAAGGGCAAGAGGAAGCGGAAAUCUCAGGCAGUUGAGGAUGAGGAGAAAACUUCACCACCUAAGAGCACAUCCAAGAAGGUCAAAGUGGAGGCCUACAAGCUGACCAAGGAGCAGAAGGCCCUGAUUAAGGAAGACGAGCUCAACAAGAAACUUUGGGAUGAGGCCAUGGAGUCUUUAAGUCUAGGACCAAGAUUCAUAAACAAGGUGGAGGAAGUUUUCCUGUGUAUCUGCUGCCAAGAAGUUGUUUACCAGCCCAUCACCACAGAGUGCCAGCACAAUGUCUGCAGGGAAUGUCUCCAGCGGUCCUUCAAAGCAGAGGUAUACUCCUGCCCCGCCUGCCGUCACGAUCUAGGAAAGAACUACCAGAUGACGGUGAACAAAGCUCUACAAGCCAUCCUGACCCAGCUGUUCCCCGGCUACAGCAGCGGCCGAUGAUGACCGUCUGUUACGACAAAACAUGCCGAGGAACUAGUAAGGGCAGUGCUGCGCAUCGAGACUGAAUUAAACACCACGAUAAAAGUCACCUUUCAAAUUAUUGAACAAGUCGUGAGCUAAUCAGGGCGUAGGGUCUCCCGUAACCCGUUAAAUUUGUUUGGUCCGAUUCUUAGCAGGGCUGAACUUCGUAACCUGCUCUCUUUUAUUUAGCCCAUCAGGUAGAUCUUCCCCUCCCAAUACACACCUUAUAUUAACAGACCUCUUAUAAUAGCUUUGUAGAGAUGUUUUUAGGUGUAGGAGCUUCCCGUUAUGAAAUGUAUUUUCUGAAUUACUCUGCACCAGCACAUCUUUUUGAAAAACCUUCCGCUACGCACAACUGCACUAUUUGCUUCUAGCAAAAAUCCUUUUUUUAAUUUUUUUUGGCCAGGGAUAAGUGGACAUAUUUUGAUAGCAGGUAUGUAGGCAUGCACUGGCAUCAGGAUCCUUUUAAAACAUUUGAUUCAGAUCAGAUUUUUGUCUAACAGCCGUGUAUCUUGACACCCCCUAGAAAGUAUUCCUUCAUGGGUGAUUUAACUAAAAGCUAAUCAGUUCUAUUAUAUUAAAAAUAUGCAUAAAAUGAGCUUGUUAUCCCUUAACUUUGUCUUGGCUUUGCUUUCUAACUACUGUAUGUGCUUAGAAAUUCCACUUUAUUAUUUUUGCUUUUGUUUUAUUCCCGUUAUGCAAUCCGGUUAUCCCUCGUUCUCCCACCAUGGACUUCAGAAGGAAACCGUCAGACUGUUAAUUCUCCGAACAAAUGAUCACCAAGUGCACCUCCUGUUCAGUGAAUAUUUAAUGACAUAUCUCAAAGUUCUUCACUUUGUUCUUAUCACACAAUAUUUGAUAAAUAAACGCCUAAGGCCAGAGAGUUUUGUUAUACCUCAAUAAUUUCUAAUAUUGCAUUGACUGGAAAUGUAUAUUCUGAAAUUGAAAUUGUAUAUUUUUUAGCACUUGUAUUUAGCAAUUUUAUGUAGUUUUAGGUGCUGUUUUUUUCUUGCACUGUGUUGAGUGCGAUAUUUUUCAAUAAACCUUAUUCCUUUUA